CUGGAGUCAAUGGGCGAGCCGACCUGCCUCCGGCCCAUGGAGGCCGUUUAUCCGGCCCACGGACUGCCCUUGAACUGAGCCACCUGCUGCGGUAAACCGCCACAGAAGCGAUUUCUGGCGCUGCGGACAUUUUGGAAAUGGGCAGCCAGCACCGGAAAUCACUUCUACGCAGCCACGGACAUGCACAGAAGCCGUUUCCAGUGUUUGGGACAUGGGCAGUGCGGCACCGGAAAUCGCUUCUGUGCCUGUGCGGCCCAUGUCCAGCCUACGGACAAUAGUCUGUGGGAAUCCUCCGGCCCACGGGCAGAAAACGUUGCUGGCGCCUGCUUUAGGUGGUAGUGGAGAAACUCUUGUGCCCCGUUCUGCAGCCAAAAGUCUGAAUUUUGAAUAGCUUACAGGCCUGGUGUCACCACAGUCUCCUGCCACGCCCAAAGAGCACUGGGGGAACCUACUCCUGACUCCUGCCACUUAUUCCAUACAUUUAAAGUAGUUGCACAAAUGUAGUUGCUAGUGUGACACAUUUGCUUCAGGACUACUGGUGUACUCAAGUAGAUCUGAAUGUGUGCUAUGAAUGUCUUGUUGUUAGUUAAUUUCUCAGUUGGGUACUAAUACCUACCUACCUCUUGAGAUGAAAGUUGUGAGAGGCCAUCUGUUACAGAAACAGACUUAGUGGACGUAUAUUUAGUGUCAUAAUUAUAAGCUGCUAAGAACAAUACCCAUCUUUGGAUGUGGGCAGGAGCUGUCUCUAGAAUUCAUCCUACUAAAAAGCAAAAUGGGCAGCAGGAGUUAAUAUUAUUAUGUUAGUUUCCAAUCAUGCAGGGAAUCGGGGAAUGGCCAAGCUUCCUAACUCCCCAAAGAGGGCUUAAAGCUUUCUGAUCUAAUGGAGCAUAGUUGAUCUCUGUAGGGCUUAAAUUUCUGGAAGCAAAACAAAGCUAUGGCCCAUUCUCACCCACCAGAUACUACAUGAGAAAUCACAGCUCCAGUCCCAAAGGCAGAAGUGUCAACGCCAAUGAGAUUUCUACCGUGGUUUAUAAUGUGUUAGCAUUUACUCUGACAUGAUAAGCCUUUUCACCUCUAGAAUGGUUCUUUCACAUUGCCCAGCCCAUUCCCAAUGUCAUCUUUCAUACGGUAGCAACUACUUCAGUAUUCAUGCACAACAUUUCUGCGAAUACUUUACAAGCCAAGUGAAUGGAUGAACAUGCAAUAUAUUAACUACAUGAGGUGCUUUCUGAAAUUAUGUGCAGCCAAAUUUAUUGCAAAUGUGCUCCAGAUGAUCCUCUUCACUGGAUUCUGAAAGAAUAGUGCUAUAUGGGGCAUAUCUAAAGCUUGGUGCACAUUAGGAGUACCUAGUCUGUGUCAGAAUGCAGGUGUAGAUACCACUCUAUUACCUCCAAAGUGGAGAUAAGAUGUUUGAGAUGUAGGCUCAGGUGUAACUGCUGUCUCAUAAAGAUAUCCCUCCCCCACCUAAAAUGUACACUUGAAUAAAACAAGCAUUAUACUAAUGAUACACAUCAAAGGGGGAAAAACUCAUCUCACUGGAAACAAGCACAGUGGAAAUGGAAGACUUAUAUUGUUGUACCUUCUUGCAAUGUUAGCAGUUAUUUUUGCUCACGGUGAUGCAUUUUAUUUAUUUUAUUUAAUAAAAUAAGCCGCUUGAUUGAAAGAAAAUAUUUACAGGGAGCAACAGUAAAAAGUUAUACAGGCACCUCCCCAUUUACACAGGGGUUACACUGAGCUCUUUUUAAGGGAAAUAGGAAUAAAUGGCACUGCCAACAUAGGUUGCCAUACAUUCAGAUUUUCCUGGACAUUUUUGCCGAUUUCUGCCUGGACACCGCUUCUGGGUAUGUCCAGGAAAUUCCAGACGUCUGGCAACCCUAGCAAACACCCCAUUCUGCCCCAUGGAUGUCUUCAGCAUACCACCAUAUCAGCCAUUACUUGCAUUUACCACCUCAUUGUUUUCCUUGUUCUAUCCAUAUACACACACAGGGAAGUUACCUCAGUGUUGUUAGAAAAGGCUAUCAUUUUAAAAAUCAAAAUAUUUUUACAUAAAUCUUCCUUUUAAAAUCUUGUUUUGCUUGAUGCUUUUCAAGAAAUUACAUUAGCAUAAGAUGAGUGGUCAGAAGGCAGAUUAACAUAUUUUCUAAGAGUAAUUCAGUUUCCACAAACGUGUUCUUUUAAUAUGUGCUUGCCGUUAAUUUUUUGAAUACUUCAUUAGAGCUAGUGAGAAUGUUUGCAGAGGAAAUCACUACAUUUUAAAAAUAACACAAAAUGCAGAAUUGAAUCCUAUAGUGUCUCUCUUUAAAAGAUAAGAGACCUAAAUGGAUUGAGGGUUCAGAGGGUGAUAAAUGAAAGCUGCUUUUAUCAUUCCUAUUUCACCCAAAGGAUUUAAAUAGAAAAUGCUUCUAAUUUUAAAACUCCCUUUCUCAAAGCAUAUCCUUGCUAAUUGCUUAUGUGCUCCCAUUAGAAUAAAAAUGGUCUGCCUUUCCACUGUAACUAAAUGAGGACUAGCUGCUGUUUCACACUGCUGUUAAUUAGCCAACUCCCAAAUUCAUCCUCUGCUGAUGAGAUUGCUCUAAGAGUGCCUGAGCAUUGCUUGUUACAGGCACAUUAGAUCUGUGUGAGCCAAUGGAAAGCUGUCAUCGUGCUUCCAUUUUAGAUUUUAUCAAUGUGUUCCUGUUACCAUAGCAACUGGAAUCAACCUAUCUUGUGGGGGGGGCGGGCUUUAUCUUGCUGGCUUUUAUAGCUGGGAGCGUGCCCCACUGUGCACCAUGUGGUUCAGAUGAUUAGUUUUUUUUCCCCCUUCACAGAGACCUUAACUGGCAAAGUGUGUUGGGAUUAAGAUAAGCAUAAUUUAUUUUGCAAGUGGGGAGGGGUCUGCAUUUAGGCUUGUCACUUCCCACUCCCUUCCACUCCCAGUCAUAAGGAAACCAACAUUUUUCAUAGGUGGCUUGGCAGACAAUGAAGCAGAUGUGAUUCACACCAGAGGAGCCGGCUUUUUUGCUAUAUGUAAAAAAAAAAAAAAAGUUGUAUCCAGCGUAGUUACAGAACUGAGGAGUUUCCAUAUGAUGCUGUCUCAAAUCUUCUGGGAUCACAGGACGUUUCUACUCAGCAGAGGGUGAUAUUUGCUUGUCUUUUCCCUAGGAAUUUGUGAGUUCUAAGGAUGCUUUCUGAGCGGCCCCCAAGAAUCCUGACCGGAAUAUAUGCUAAUGAUUUAUUAUCAAAGAGCUUUUGGAAUGGCUGGAAGUAGCACUAUUAUUAUUUUUUCCUCCUUUUGUUUGUGUGUAAUAGCAACUACUGGCUAUGUGGAUGAACUCAGGGAAGAUUAGCUGAAAUGAGGAGCAACUAACAAAGUAAAUGAAUUUGCAGCCUUUGUACUACUGUCUCUUUGUAUUAAAGUAGUUCAUGCACUGUAGCUAUGCAGGUGCGGUGCCAUGUGGAUAAAGAGCUUGCAUAUAUUGGUGGCAACUAGAAAAUACACGGCCGUCUGCCUAGAAAAGGGGAGGGGUAUUGUAUGCAAUACCAUUUGGUCUCUCUCUUUUUCCCCCCUGCAAAAAGUAGGACAUUGUGUGUUUUUUAAAAAAUAAAAAGCAAAAAAAGAUUCCACUUGCUUGCAGUUGAACUGUUUUAAAAUGCUGAAGUUAAAGGCCUUCUGCUUGGAUUACUGGCAGUUUCUAUGUCUCCAGCCUCUUCAUGGCUUCUAUAAAAGGUAAGGAAAUAUUAAAUCUAAAAUGCUUUUCAAUAGUAAACGGCUGUAGGCUGCUGCAUUCACUUGCUGUAAGGCACAUUUGCAUGGUGUGGAAAGGGGUGUGGUGGGGAAAUUAAUGCAGACUUAUUACAAAGGGUGUAAAUCUGCUUGUUCCUUUUAACUAUAGUAGCUAUUGCUACUUCUUCUCUGCCUGGAUAUUCGGGUGAUGCUGUGCUGUGGAUAGCAUUUAAUUUAAAACAAAUAAGCUAAAACAGCCAUUGUUUAUUUUAAUUCACUCUGGUUUUCUCUCACACACAAGAAGAACAGCUGUUAAUGCUAAGUUUUUACAUUACGGAGUUGGUGCUUGGGUAUUGUUUUGGAAUGUCUUGGAUUUUUAUGUAAUGUAGAUUAAUAUUCCUACAAGGAAAAAAGUUUUAAUAGAACAGUUUGUUUCAUAUAGUAUGAAAUCAACUGCACACCACAGCAGCUCUGACAGAAAGCUGAAAUGAUGGUGACCGAUGGUCAGAAGUAAUGGAACUGGGUGCCGGAUGCAUUGUUCUUGCCAAAGUAAUGGAAUAACAACAUAAGCAAUUUAAUUUGACAUGUGUGGUGCACUUAUCCUGAUUUUUUUAUCUAAUCUUCAGAGGUCUCAGUAUUCAGAAUAGCUUAUUAAUGAAGAAAACAUGUAUAAGUAGUUCAGUAUUCACAGCAAAACAUGAAGGCUGUAUUAUUCUACCCCCACCCCCCAUAAAAUCAUAAAGUCCGUUUUAAACACAGAAGGUGCUUUUUGUGAAUGAUAAUUGCAGGUUUGUUUAUUGUAUGAAGAUUGCAAGGGUGAAAGGGAAAGUCUUCCAGUCGUUUUCAAUUAAUUAUGUCCUUUUAAAUCAUGAUGUAUAAGUAGACAAACAAAGUUGGGACUAUGUUUAUAUCUGAAGAAGUGUGCAUGCACACAAACGCUUAUACCAAGAACAAAAUUAGUUGGUCUCUAAGGUGCUACUGGACAUUUUAUAUAUAUAUAUAUAAAGUUGGGACUCUUUGCUUUCCAACAUCGUGGGAGAAGCGUGUAAACUCCUUUUUAAAGUUAAGUUUCCAAACUUAGCAAAAUCAUGGUGCAGAAGAUGGAACUUCACUCUUAAAGGAUGGACAGUUCAUUCUUAUAUUUACUGUUCCAGUUAAAUAUAUUUGUUCUUAAAAGGUUGGAUGUUUUCCUUCAACUCUAUACUGUAAUACAAUUUAACUAUAGAGCACAUUUUUCAACCCUGCUAACACAUGCCUAAUUAGUGACAUUCAGAAGAUAUUUAAAGAAAACAUUUUUUGCUGGCUUAACAGUGACAAAAAGGUGUGUGAAAACAGGAUUGCAUGGUGAAUGUAAAAAUAUACUACCCAGUUUCUAGUUCUUCUUCAUUAGAGGUUUAUGUCUUGUUCUUAAUGUUCUUGGGAAAAUGCCAGAAGGCCAACAAGAAAAGUGGGGGCAUGUGGAGAAAGUGUGAAGGUGUGGGUGGAUGUGCAAGAAUGAGCUUGUUUUACAAGACCCGAAAUAAAAAUCUGAAGUUGAUUAAUACUUUGCUCAGCAGGUGUUCUGUGUGUGGACGUUAAACUGUGCCAUUCAUAUUUUUAUCGUUCUUUCAUGCUAAAGCUACCUAAAGGGAGAAAGGGUUUUGCAAAUGCAGGUUUUAAAAAAAUGUAAUCACUGGUUUCCAAGCUAUUAAAAAUAACACAAGACAGUCAAGACACUCUGCAUCCAGUAUCGUGUACCCACUCCUUAAACAAUGUGAGAGACCUGAGGUUGAAAAGGAUAUAACUCACAAUGAUGCACUGAAAUAUUGCAUAAACAUUUAAUCUGUUUCUUGCAUCAAACUAUUUUACAUGCUUUCGAGUCAAAACUGUAGCACAGUCUUUAUAGGUGCAAUGCUAUUGCUACUGCUGAAGUAAAAUCUAGUUUAUUUUCUGAAUAACUUACAUAAAGAAAUUAUUGGAAGGUACAAAAUGGCCUUGGGUGACCUCCUAGGCCUUGUUGUUUCUGAGGAAUGGAAAACGUGAGAAAAACCUCGGCUGUGAGUCUGGGGGACUUGCUCCCUGCCUGUAUUUUGUGUUUUUUCUCUUGUAUUUUUAUGUUGGGGACCACCCUGAAAUCUAUGGAUGAAGGACAACAGCUCAUGAUGAAGGACAACAGUUCAUGUACUGUGUAUAUUGUAAAUACAUAUUUAAAAAAUGCAAAGCAUGUUAUCUCUGGUAGCUGGAGUUCUUUGUUGUAGGGCAACUCGGAUCCCGUUCAUGCAAAUAGUUUUGGCCACAAGAGAAUCUGUCAAGUCCAUGGCUAAUUCAGUGUGUAUAGGCCAAAUCUGCACUGUAAUUCAGAUUUAGCCUCUUCAUUUCCCCCAUGCUUUCAAAGGUUCAAGUGUCCGUUUAAUCUGUGACAAUCUGUUAUAGAAUCAUAUGACAUUACUGCAGGUUAUGCAAAGAAUGACUAAGUCAAGUGUUCUGUUUCUAUAAUGCAGCAAGUGAGAAAUGUUGCUAUUAACACUAUAUAAAAAGUAAAAUAAAAGGUGAUAAAAAAUCUGUUCCCAGCAGUGGUAAACACUGAAUCACUGUAACAUUCUUCGAAGGUCAGUUGCUGCAAUCCUUCACACUUGGUCAGGAGUAAUAUCUGGAGAAAAUCAUUCUCACUGGGAUGUUGCUGAAAAGGACCUCUACAUGGCAGCAAUCCAGUUGUAAUGUAGAAGUAGUUGCUAAGGGGAAUUGUGUCAUUGUGUUAAAAUCCACACCCCACUCAACAAAUAUGCCAGGAAUAUGGUAUUGGUGUGUGGAGACUUGUAACAUCAUGGACAACUGUCAAGGCGCUGAGCAUUCUACAGACAAUGGCUGUUCUCUACAACUUUCAUUGUUCUCUACAACUUCUCCAUGGAACAUGCAGUGUGCAUUCCAUCCUUAAACUGAGUGCUUCAUUGCAUUUUUGUAUGUUGAAUGGAUUAUGUUUAACCAGAAUGCUGACGAAACGUGGACAAUGGUCUGAAGGUUCACAAAAUAUGCUCUAUGAAACCCAGAACAGGCAUUGGGACAGAGCUAUUCUGCCUGACCGCUUAUGUCCUCCCAUUGUUUGCCAGAUUCCUGUAAAGAUCCUGGCUUGUAUUAAACCAAAUUUCCCCAUUAUAUCCAAACUGGAGAAUUCUAGCUUAGUGUCAGUUAACAAGCUGGGGAAAAUAAGACUAGGUCACAUCCUCCCCGUUGCCCCCUUGAGCUCCUCCCCUUGCUCUGGUGCUUGUUCACAGCUUUAGCCUUAAUGCCUAUUCAGAUUGGGCCACUCAGACACUUAGGAGCUGUUUCUCUCCCAAUAUUCUUGUCCAAGACCCUUAAGGCCUAUAUUACUUUCCUGUCUACCUUCAUCAUGUUUACACUGUAUUUGCACAAUAGAGGCCACUAAGGGAGUCAUUAGCCUUAAUUUACAUGCAAUUUGAAAGGAAGGCACAGAUGCUGUAGAUCAUGUGUGCCAUUAUGGUCAUCUGUUUUCGCUUUUGUUUAGGCCCCUGUUUUGUGGUAUCAGCGGCAGGCAGUGGCAUUAUGAGAUUAAUCAGUUUUAACUAGAGUACAUGGUUUGUACUUUCAGUAUAGUGAUAGGAUACAGUUAUAUUACAUUGUCAAUCAUAAGGUUUUCUUUUUUGAACAUCAGUGGUUUCAGAAGUGACAGCUUCUAUGGUGAAAAUUGCCUAAUCCUUCCUGUCCUCACAUUACUGUACAUUACUUUUGAGAAGGAGGCUUGCACAUGCAGGGAAAUGAAUCUACUUCUGAACCCCUAAUUUGUCCAUUACUGAAUAAGGCAAAAGCUAGAAUGAUAAACAUGCCUGUCUAUUCUAAAUCUUACUCUCCCCCCUUUUUUUGUUUCUGAGAGGACUGUACCAUAUGCUUAGAACUUCAGUUUCAUCAGUUUGGAGAUGAAAGGCAACAUUAAUAUUAAAAUAAGUUGCUUUUACAUAGCUUCUUUGAAGAAAUAAAAGCUGUUGGAUAUCAUUCAUACUUUGUAAUAAUGAAGUGAGAAGAAUUGCUUAUACAAUUGUUUGGAGGGGGGAACAGUAUGCAGGAAAAAGAGUUAAUGCAAUUUUAAUUAUUACGUGUAUUUAUAGUCCCUGAGAUAGAGGCCAGUUUCCUCCUAUCUUGCAGCCUAGUCCUGUGCAUACUGUUAAAGGUUGCUGGGGGAAGGGGCUAAACCCUUGAAAUCAUUAAAUACCUCAAUUUUGACUAUUUGGUAUAUGAAGGGAGAAAUACAAGCUGCAAAGGAAUUCCUGGGCUAGCCUGUGCAAAAGGACCUCUGUCCAAGCUUAAGACCACUGAGAAACAAUACAGGGCCAUUUGCAGUGCAAGAGAACUGUCCUUCCCUCCUUCCCUGAAGUGAGAACAGAGAUAGGGGAUUUGGAAGACAGCCAAGGUAACUGGGUGUGAUGUCCCAGGAAGAGUUUGGGGCCUUUGGCAGGAGGCUUGGGAUAGCUGAGAAAAGCCCAGAACCAUUUUGGCAGACUGGCUGAAGGCAAAUAGAGAGAGGGAGAGAUGCCUUGGACUUCACCUGCUGCACUGCUGUGGGGAACAAGCCCCUCUUGAGAUGACCAUGUGGUAAGAUCUGGACUCCCUCCAUCUAGAUUCAGGUGUAAAUAUAUGAAUAAAUCAUAUUUUUAAAAGCCACAACUACCUCUGUCAUGUCUUUGAUUCUCUAAAGGAGCACAGACUCUGGUUGAAGGCCAAGACCCGUAGAAUCCCGUGCAUGGCUUGGCAGGGUUUGGGGCAGCCUAUAACAUUAUAUACCAGGAAGUAAAUGCCACUGAGUUUAAUGGGAUUUGCUUCCAAGUACUGUAAGUAUGCUUAGGAUUGGAUAUCAGCUGGAUCACUAUCUAUAUUGCCUCAUAAAUAAGUCCCGCUCCUUGGGGACCCUGUAUAUCAUGAGGAAGACAAUAGCAAUAAGCUGGAAACCAAAGAUGCAUAGCGAGACCCCUUCUGAACUUGUAUGUAGAGUUCAUGAUUGUAGUUGUUGUGAAGAACAAAUGCUUUGCUUUCAUUUGACAGUGACUUCACCCAGAGCUGGCCUAUGAGUCAUAGUGCCUGCAGUACAGCUCUCCAAAGAAGCUAGCGUUGGAGAAAUUUGCUGCAACUGCAAAGCAGCUGAGUGUGUACAUCCUCCUUUCCCUUCUCUCUAGCAUACACUGUCAUUCCAUAUAAUUUUUACAGCAUGUGCUGUGCAUUCUGCAGAGAGUCUGCUUCAUAAUAAAAUGAUGGGAGACAGCCAACCAAAGCAAACUUCCAAAUGACACACACGCAGCAAAUGCAUAAAUAAUGUAAAAGCUUUCAGCAUCGUUCCAUGCAAAACAGUUAGUACAUGCAGUCCUUGCAUUUGUGACCCUUUGCUUAGCUCUCAGGUUAUGUAAAUGGAAAAAACACCACUGUCUGUCCUAUGAUAAAAGGCACUUCAUAUGCUUGCAGUCUCCUAACAACACAUGUGGUCUGAAGUUGGAAAGAACUGCUACUUAUUGUGGAUUCUCUAGGAAUUUAGAAUAUUGUGUUUUACUCUCAUGGCACCUUUCCUGGUAAUAUAUUUUGCCUUGGGAAAAUAGUAUGCGAAGAGAUCUGUGUCUAAUUCUUCUUCAUAUUAUCACAGUGUAUGCCUUCCUUUCAGGUGGAUUUGCACAAUGCAUUUCUGUUCCCCAAGGGCAUGUACUAAGUGGCAAUUUCUGUCACUUUCUAGUAUGAUGCUUACAGCAGAUACCAUAUAUCAGAAAGGCAGCCAAAGCGAAGGGCAACAGUGAGUGUAAAAUCAGACAUUCUCCCUUCAACUAUGUGAUUAAGUAUGCAGGGGGGAGUGCUAUAUACAGGAAGCUGCUAAAGGUAUUGGUAAUAUGCACCUGGGUGGUGUGUGUGUGUGUUUUUGUUUUUGUUUACUUCUAUUCUUGUUGCUGGAAUUCGCAAACUGUUUGAGUGGAGAUUUUGUUCAUGUUAACAGCAUUUAUAUACUACUUAAUCAUCAGAGUCUAUAAGCUGAUUAUCAUCAUCAACAUCAUCAACAUCAUCACUAUCCUUAUUUUGAUUUUGCUCCCAGCGCAGGUAUUCUGGGAAUGAGAACAGUUCCUCCCCACAGGGCACCGAGCCAAGGGAACUCAAAACUAUGGUGUAGCAUACUUGAGAACAUGCACAGAACAGAAGGCGAGAGGGGGAGGUCGCCAAAUUUUGUCCUAGCUCAGGGCACCAUAUUAUGAAAGUCCACUCCAUUGCACCACAAAAUAAAUUAUGGCUAGUGCAGACCAACAUUUAUCAAGGCCAGAAUCCUGUUUUUUGUGAGAACUCACAAUCAAGGCUACUGGUUAUGAUGGCUCUUGCUACCAUUGGCAUUGGAGGCACUUGAAUACCAGCUGCUGGAGAGCAAACAACAGGGGAAGGCUAUUGUCAGUGUGUUCUGCUUUGUAUUUCCCUUAGGCAUCUGCUUGGCCACUGUGGGAACAAAAUGCUGGACAAUAUAGUACUUUGCUCUAAUCCAGCAAUGCUCUUCCUACAUUCUUAGUCUCAAAUACGCCAGAAGCAUAUGGCCGGAGGUGCAGAGUUAAUUAGAUUUCACUGAGGGAAAUGAAAAAUAGUUUUAAUGGCUAGUGGGACAAAGAAGCAACAUUGGGUGCUCUCCCUCUCAAAUCUAUUUAAAGAGCUAGACAUUAUAGAUGAGCAAGGAAGUUACAAUAUUCAGGUGUUAGGGCACAUGGUGUAUUGUUGAGCAGAUAAAGCUGAAAAUGUAGUUGAUAUUCUUGAUUGUUAGGGUACGUGUCCCUCAGAUGUAAGGCACUUGUUUGGGUGGAGGCCAUAGACUGUAAGAAAAGUCCUCCUGGAUCAGACUCGGGGUCCAUCCACUGAAAUGUCCUGUUUUCAACAAUGGCCACCAGAUGCUUCUUAGAAACUUGUAACCAGGGCAUGAAGCCAACAACCACACAUUUGCCCCCAUCUCCCACACAGAAGCUGGUAAUGCCUCUGCAUCUGCAGGUUCCUUUAGCUCUCAUGCUAAUAACACUUGAUAGGGUUAAUGCCCCUUUAAAGCUACCUAAGACAAGGGCUGCUGUCACACCAAAUAAAUUAAUUAUGCAUUGUGUGUACAAGUACUUUCUUUUUCUGUUCUGAAAUUACUGCUAAUCAAUUUCAUUGGAUGACCCCGAGUUCUAAUAUUAGGAAAGGGGGGGGGGAGAGGCACACUUUAUCUUUCACUCUAUUUUUGUUGAGCAUUCAUUCAGUUUGGAAUAGAUGCUGUUGGAGUCCUUUAUUGUCUGCUUCAGUUUUCACCAUCCUACAUAAAUGGAACCCAAGAGGUGAAAGCAAGCAUAAGGUGUGUGGAGGCCAGACUUUUGCAGAUUAGAUGCUUCGAAACCCGAAUGUGGGUUGUAGCCCAAUGCUAAAGUAGACCCAUUGAAAUUACUAAACCCAUGUCAGUCAUGUCUGUUCAUUUCAAUGGGCCUACUCUGAGUAGGCCUAGCAUUAGAUACAGCUCUAUAACUUUCUAUUAUAGUGGUGGAGGUAAGGCAGUAAAGAGAAUUCAAAGAUUCUGUGUAAAAGGAGGCAUUCUAACACCCUCAAGUGAGCAGGUUCCUCAUACAAAUGACAAGUCAAUGUUCAGUGAAACUGUAUUGGAUGAGACAUGAAUUUUCAGGUGGGAAGUUGGACAGCUAUUUAAUUUUUAAUUAGUCACCUGAAUAACCAACUGCAUUUAUUUAUCUUAAUUUUACUUGUUCUAUAGCAGGCUUCCUCAACCUCGGCCGCCAGAUCUUUUGAGACUACAAUUCCCACAUGAAAGCUCAUAUCAAUGACAAACUUAGUUGGUCUCUAAGGUGCUACUGGAAGGAAUUUUUUUAUUUUGUUUCGACUACAGACCAACACGGCUACCUACCUGUAUAAGUAAAGUACCUGAAAUAAAAGCUUCAGUUAAAAGGUGCUUGUUAACUCUUGCAUUGGAACACUUAGCUCAGGCAUUACCAAACUUCGUCUCUUCAGAUGUUUUGGGCUACAAUUCCCAUCUUCCCCAACCACUGGUCCUGCUAGCUAGGGAUCAUGGGAAUCGUAGGUCAAAAACAUCUGGAGGGCCAAGGUUGAGGAAGCCUGUUCUAUACCUUCUUGAUAUGUUUCAUGAUAUUGCAGUAUGGAAAUUGUACUACCUAUUUAGUUUCACAAAAGAUAAAGUAGUUUCCUUAUGACAUUAUUAGUUUCUAUUUAGUUAGUAUUAAUUGCCAACGUCUGAAAAGAAAAAAACCUGACAAGGUACACAAUUUGACAAGACAAUAGGUUUGUGAUAAAGAGUUGCUGUACUUUAUUCCAUCAACGGUGUCUCCAAAUUUUUUUACACAUCACUUGGGAAGACAGGCGAACUAAUGCCAGUAUACUGGAAGAAGCAAAGAUCACCAGUGUCAAAGCAAUUAUUCUUUAGCAUCAGCUUUGUUGGGCUGAUCAUGUUGUUCAGAUGCCUGACCAAAGCGACUAAUCUAUUCCGAACUUAAAAAUGGAAAGCAUAAUGCUGGUGGUCAACAAAAGAGGUUUAAAGAAACUCUCAAGGCAAAUCUUAAAAAAUGUACUAUAAACACCGACAACUGGGAAACACUGGCCUGCAAGAGCUCCAAUUGGAGAACAGCCUUUACCAAAGAUCAACUCCCGCCCGGUAACCUAUGUCCCAACUGCGGAAGGAUGUGUGGAUCCAGAAUUGGCCUCACAGUCAUUUGUGGAUUCAGUACUAAGACCGCGUUCAUGGAAGACAAUCUUACUUGGCUACAAGUGAUUGCCAAAGAAGGAGAAGAUAUCCAGAACUGGAGCAUAGCUGCCAAGUUAUCCCUUUUUUUAAGGGAUUUUCCCUUAUGCUGAAUAGGCUUCCUCGCAAGAAAAGGGAAAACUUGGCAGCUAUGAACUGGAGACGCACAAAGUCUCAUUAGUGGAAACGAAGUGCACAACAAUGUUUCUUCCAUCAGGGGAGCUGAAAUUUGUAGUUAUUGUCAAGUCUCCUAGCUUCAUGUUGAGUUCAUAGUACUGUUUACCAGUAAAGCAAGGCAGAAGACCUAGCGAGAUUCUUAUGAAUGAAAGAGACUAAGAUAAGUAUUUGAAUACUGCAGUGCUGGGAAACAAAAAUACCAAUGCAGGCCACUUGCCGAACAAUGAUGCUUUUAUCUUUUUAAUCCUUGUUUAUCUGCUAAACAAAGCCCUAUAGAUUGAGGGAGGCUUUUUAUAUUAACUUUUUUUAUUGUGAAGACAACUUUUAUUCCAAUUUGUAUUUAUAACAUUCUUAAUAUAAUUAUAGUUGGGCUCCUAUACAGUGAUUUCACAGCCUUAACACACACACACACACACACACACACACACACACACACACACACACACACCUUCAAGCUAAUUCUAAGAUAGAUGGUUUGUUUGUUUGUUUGUAAUUUAAAGUUUACAUAAUUGAAAAUGCAUUCAUCUGUUAAAACCCAUUUAAAGAUGGCAGUCUUAGGAAAAUCCUGUGCAAACAUUUUUGAGACGUUAUGUCCAAUUGAUUUCAAUGGGUCUAUUCUAAAGAUGUCUAAAUUCAGAUUCCUAGUUUCCAUAGCACAUUCUGUGCUCUCAAAUAAACUGUGAUAUUGCUCAUUUCCAUUUUUUGUAAGUUAAACCAAGUAUGCUGAUGAUGAGUCAAAAGCCACUCAAAAAAGAGAUACUUCCCAUCUUUGAUUUCAUUCAUGCUGAAAAACUUUAUGUUCAUUUUAACUAUGUUUAUAAAGUCCUCCAUUCCAAUUUCCACUGUAGUCAUAUAAUGUGUACAUUCGCAGCAAAAUAAACACGUUAAUUUCUUGUGCUUUACGUUUGGUUUUCUUAAGCUCAAACUACAUAUUAGAUUAAAUACCUAGUAUGGAGCUCUAUGUGGUUUUCUGUGUAUGUGUGCAUGUGUGUGUGUUUGUGUUUACACUGGAGGGCCAAUCCAGAUCAAGAGCACAUGGAGAAGUUUAACCCCUCCUAUCCGUGCAGAAUGCUGAAAUCUAGAGAAAGAAAAAGAGACAGCCCCAAUGUCAUAUAAUAAAAGAUGGGCAGAAAGGCUUUCACUGGCACCAAUGGGUCCUUUGCUCAUUUUAAAUCAUUUAGUUUGCUCAUUUUAAAUCAUUUAUAACCUGAGUUUACACCUGCAACUCAGCACCUCUUCCCUUACUUUAUCACUGCGUUCCAGUUUUCCUUGAGCCUGGUUCCAGCAUCAGGAGCUGGGCAGGAAGAAGAUUGCUGCAAUGCCAUGCCCCCUAAACUAACAACUGGUGGCCUGUUGCCUUGUUAGGAAAAAGAUGCAGAGCAGGAAUGGCUUACGGAGAAGGAUUUAUGUCCAAUAAAUUUCCUGACACUGGUGAUGGCCUUAGCAAAAGGAUCCAUCAAGGCUAAAUUAUUCCCAUCAGCACAGCAAAUCAAAAGAUGAAUAUCAUUUUAUUCCGAAUGUGUGGUGAGCUAAAAGUAAUGCUUAACCUGCAUACAGUAACUAUGGGAAAUAUAUUAGUGGUAUAUUGUCAGUAACUUUAACUGCAUAACCAUAUAAAAUCAACUAACUUCCAUACAAGGUGUGACCCUCAUACAGCUUAUUACUGUUUCACUGAAACAUUUACAUUUCAGCUACUGAAGUAUAACUGAGUGUCCUAGCUGACUGAUACAUUAUAUAUAAUAAGAGGUUUAGAUAUUCAUUCCUACAGUGUGUGUUCAUGCCCAGCAUUGGAAAAUGACUCAUUACUUUUUUUUGGCGCUAGUCAAGUUUUUUAAAAAUCCAACUGCUAGCUGUUCAUAGACUACGCUGUAUGAUUUAAGUGCAUUUUGUAAGCAUACUGUCCUAGCAAAUGCUAUGCUGGAUCCCUGCAGACAAGAGUUUUUAAACGCAGUAAAUGCUAUCUGCUCUCUUACUGUUUUUUUUUAACUUGAUCAUCCAAAACAGUGACAUGUAACUUUCCAAGCAGCACUGAAUGAUCCUAGUUAGUGAAUAAUGUAAACAGUUCUUGUAGAUUGUAAAGAAAGCAGUAAUUUGAGACCUCUGAUGGGAAAGCUGGCUUCCCUCUGUGAGUUGCUCAGUUCAAGUCAGUGGAGGUUGGAGGAAUCGUUUUUUUGAGUUCAUGAAUCAGAGCCUAGCUGUCUCCUGAAACUUGGCUAACUUUUGCUCUGCACCUUCUAAAUGUACUACUUCGCUGGAUUCUUCAGAAUAAGUGUGUGUUUUUCCACACUGCAGAGGAGGUCAUGAAGGGAGAUGGCAGUGCAAUGUGGAAUCUGAUGUGGAAAUACUGCAUUUCAGUCAGGACAAUCAGUGUUGAGGGUGAAGCUCCUGGAAGUGAAACAGGCACAUCAUUGGAUAGUCCCUCUACCUAUCAUCAAGGAGCUAUAACUCACAGUUCAGCUCUAAGCCCAGACCAUUACGACCAUUCUCCAUACGGGCUGUAUUCUGUCUCCCCAGGGCAGCAAAGGCCCCGGAGGCCAAAGCUUCAACACUCAACAUCCAUACUCAGAAAACAAGCAGAGGAAGAAGCUAUUAAAAGGUCGAGGUCACUUUCAGAGAGCUAUGAACUCUCAUCGGACUUGCAGGAUAAGCAGGUUGAAAUGCUAGAACGGAAAUAUGGAGGCCGUCUCAUAACUAGACAUGCCGCUCGUACUAUACAGACUGCUUUCCGCCAGUAUCAGAUGAACAAAAACUUUGAGCGGCUUAGAAGUUCUAUGUCUGAAAAUCGUAUGUCAAGACGCAUCGUUCUAUCCAAUAUGAGAAUGCAGUUUUCGUUUGAAGGACCUGAGAAAGUCCACAGUUCCUACUUCGAGGGGAAGCAAGUUUCUGUUACAAAUGAUGGGUCAAAACUAGGAGCCCUUGUCCAAUCUGAAUGUAGUGACCUUGGUGAAUCGGCUACAAUGAAAUCUCCAGCAGCGUCCACUGACUUUGCUGAUGCCAUAACGGAACUGGAGGAUGCUUUUUCAAGACAAGUAAAAUCUCUUGCCGAGUCCAUUGACGAUGCAUUAAAUUGUCGUAGCAUGCACUCUGAUGAGGUACAGAUACCUGAUCAAGUCAGAAGUCGGGAAAUAGAGAGGGACAGUUGUCAAACUAAACCAACAAGCCAUAAUGUGGACCACAGGAAACUUGAUGAAAUGACUGCAUCUUAUAGUGACGUUACAUUGUAUAUUGACGAAGAAGAACUAUCCCCACCACUUCCCCUUUCCCAAUCAGUAGAUAGGCCAUCUAGCAUAGAAUCUGACCUAAGACUUCGGUCAAUGAACCCAUCUCAAGAGUACUGGUCUAUGACACACAAGGAUCAUAAGAUAGAUACUGACACGAGCUGCAGAAGUACCCCUUCACUAGAAUCCCAGGAACAAAGAAUGAGAAUGGAUCAUUUGCCUUUGCUAACUAUAGAACCACCUAGUGACAGUUCAGUGGACUUAAGUGAUCGCUCAGAGAGAGGAUCAUUAAAGAGACAGAAUGCGUAUGAUCGGGGAAUUACUAGUACGCAAGGUAGUCCCAAGCAUAUCUCACAUGGCAUCCCUACCAAGAUAAUUUCCCGAGAGGACCAGGAGACUAGACAUAGACCAAGGCCUAUUGAUAGCCACUUAGCCAUUAAUGGCACAGCAAACAGGCAAAGCAAAUCUGAGUCUGAUUACUCUGAUGGAGACAAUGAUAGCAUUAAUAGCACUUCCAAUUCCAAUGACACAAUAAACUGCAGCUCAGAGUCUUCUUCUCGAGACAGCUUAAGGGAACAAACACUGAGCAAGCAAACGUACCACAAAGAGACUCGCAAUAGCUGGGAUUCUCCUGCCUUCAGUAAUGACAUCAUCAGGAAGCGUCACUACAGGAUUGGGUUGAACCUUUUUAAUAAAAAACCUGAAAAAGGAAUCCAGUACCUAAUUGAGAGAGGCUUUGUGCCAGAUACGCCUGUUGGAGUUGCUCAUUUCCUUCUACAGAGAAAAGGACUCAGCAGACAGAUGAUUGGAGAAUUCCUCGGAAAUCGACAAAAGCAGUUUAACCGGGAUGUGUUGGACUGUGUUGUGGAUGAAAUGGACUUCUCAGCUAUGGAACUAGAUGAAGCACUCAGGAAAUUCCAAGCUCAUAUCCGUGUCCAAGGGGAAGCUCAAAAAGUAGAACGACUCAUUGAAGCUUUUAGCCAGAGAUACUGCAUCUGCAAUCCAGGUGUUGUGAGACAGUUUAGAAAUCCUGAUACCAUCUUCAUCCUAGCUUUUGCAAUCAUAUUAUUAAACACAGAUAUGUAUAGUCCAAAUGUGAAACCAGAACGCAAAAUGAAGCUUGAAGAUUUUGUCAAGAAUCUAAGAGGUGUAGAUGAUGGUGAAGAUAUUCCACGGGAGAUGCUUAUUGGGAUCUAUGAAAGAAUCCGAAAGCGGGAGCUCAAGACAAACGAGGAUCAUGUGUCACAGGUCCAAAAGGUUGAAAAACUCAUAGUAGGAAAGAAACCGAUUGGAUCUCUACACCAUGGACUUGGUUGUGUCCUUUCUCUUCCACAUCGGAGACUUGUUUGCUACUGCAGGCUCUUUGAAGUUCCAGAUCCAAAUAAACCACAGAAGCUUGGAUUACACCAGCGGGAAAUAUUUUUAUUUAAUGAUCUGCUUGUGGUCACUAAGAUCUUUCAAAAGAAGAAGAAUUCAGUCACAUACAGUUUUCGACAGUCCUUUUCCCUCUAUGGAAUGCAGGUGCUCCUUUUUGAGAAUCAGUAUUAUCCUAAUGGCAUACGGCUCACAUCAGCUGUUCCGGGAGCAGAUAUAAAAGUUUUGAUAAAUUUCAAUGCGCCAAAUCCCCAGGACAGAAAGAAAUUUACAGAUGAUCUGAGGGAGUCUAUUGCAGAGGUACAAGAAAUGGAAAAGCACAGAAUAGAGUCUGAACUUGAAAAGCAGAAAGGUGUAGUACGACCAAGCAUGUCUCAGUGCUCUAGCCUGAAAAAAGAGUCUGGCAAUGGGACAUUGAACCGUGCCUGCCUUGAUGACAGUUACGCCACUGGGGAGGGUCUUAAAAGGAGUGCCCUUAGCAGCUCUCUUAGAGACCUCUCUGAAGCAGGCAAGCGUGGGCGUCGCAGCAGUGCAGGAUCGCUAGACAGCAAUAUGGAAGGGUCCAUCAUUAGCAGUCCUCAUAUGCGCCGAAGAGCUACAUCAACCCGAGAGUGUCCAUCUCGCCCUCACCACCAGACUAUGCCUAAUUCUUCCUCACUACUAGGGUCCUUAUUUGGUAGUAAAAGGGGAAAGCCUUCCCAAGGCCACCUAGCAACUGGCCCGUCACAGCACCCACCUCACCCUCCUAUACUUUCACAUCAGCAGCAUUCGCAGCACUCUUCUUCCGCCCUGCACCACGCGGGGCCAGCGGAGGGGCAGACCCAGGCACAAGUGCACACCCACCAUUCUCAGUACUGCCACAUGCAGAACCCACCUCCGUACCAUCACCACCACCACUACCACCCACCCCAGCAUAUCCAGCACCCACACCAGUACCACCACGUGCCGCAUUCGCAGCAUGUAGCGCAUUCGCAGCAUUCUUACAUGCCACAUUCCCACUCGCAACAUUCUCAUGCCCCCCAUCCUCCAUUACCCACUCCUCACCCCGUACACUCUUCCCACGCGCCACAUCACCACGGCCAGCCGGUGCCCCCUUCUAGUUCAGCCAGCACUAAGCCCAAACAUAGCGGCAUCAGCACAAUAGUCUAGAACCAAACUCCUCUGCCAGUAAUUGUAGCUCUAGACAGGCACUUACAGGAAGCAGAAGCAGCCUAUAAAACUGGAAUGGUGUUUUUUUUAUAUAAUAAAUAAAUAAAAAUGAAACACAAGCCAGAAACAACUUAAUUGACUCCUUUGCCUUAAGGAUUCAAUAGAACAACUCACAUUAGCUUGAUCAGUGCUGGUCUCACAACUGAACUCAGUGGUGAUCUCUCUCCUUUUCUCCAGUAGCCUUGAAAAUAUGCUGCUUGCUGAAAACAUUUAUGCUACCUUUUGUUUCACACACCCCAUGACAAUUUUUAAUGCAUAAUGAAAACCUAACCUCAAAAUAAAAGGAAAAAAAUAUAAGAAAUAGAACCAAGUGUUGCAUUCUUGCUCCUUAAUUGUCAAUGGGCAAAAAGUAGACCUCAUAUGGUUGAUGAAAGUACGUAAGUAAACUUUAUAUAAUAUAAAUAUAUAAAUAUAUACAUACAUAUAUAUAUAUACUGUAUAGUUAACAUUUAUGCUUACAACAAAACUUUUGCAGUCCACAAAGCUAGCAAUAUAUACUUUACCAGGAAUUCCAUUUACUGAUAGAAGGGCAGUACAGUAGUUGAACAGCGUAAUAGAAAGUGUAGACCAAAAAACUAGGAACAAAUUCCAGGCAUUUCAGUGUUCUCAUUAAAAGUUCUCUGGACUUUGAAAAAUAUCUCUAAGCAAUCAUUGCAAAGUGUGCCAAGUAACAUAGCAUUUAGCUGUUGUAGUCAAAUAUUGCUUUGUACAAAUCCUUAUUUUAUUAACAAGAUAAUAUACUUAAUCAGUAUUAUAACUGUUCUACUAUUUCAGGUAAGCAAACUAGUUAAGAUGCAGUAACUAUACAGUAGCAACAUGAGACCACCUUUGUUAAGGGCUGUCUCUACAUUUUGGUUACUCAGAUUCUUAGACACUUUAAAGGCUGUGAUAACUGUGAACUUACACAAUCCAUAGUUCUCCUUUUAUAUUCAUAUAUGUUUUAAUAAACUCACAUGAAGAUUUAAAUGGAGGGUACUUGCGUACACGGCAUAAACGUUCAUCUCAGACCUUAAAACAAGAAGCAUCCAUCCCUUUCCAGACACAUUGCCACUUUACCAUAACUUACUCAGUUUAUCUCUGUUAAAAUAGACUGCGGUUCAGGCUUGCCUUUCCAUAUGAAAGUGAUCUGAAACUUGAAGGCUUAUUUUAGUACAGAUUUUUUUAUAACUGUAAUUCCAUGUAGCCAUGUGCUGGCAGCAGGACUCUCCUACCAUUUCUUCAUCACAUUUGUUAGUUUACCCAGCACUCAGCAGGCUGAGUCUUUGCUCGAACUGUCAUGGUCCAGUUAAGUCGCAAGACAUCUCGUAAGAGCCAACUGUGCUGUUGUUGCUUAUGUGUUGUAACGAGUCAUUCGCAAAUCUGUAUGCGAUUUUUUUUGUACCCCCUAAAUCCUAUUUUUUUAAAAUUUUAAAAAAAGAAAGAAAUCAUACAUGGAGAAUACUUUGUAGUUUCAGCAUUUUGAGCCACCCCAGUCACAAGGACUGUACAUCUAACUGGCAGAAACAAAAGGAACUGCAGAACUACACCAGCAGAAUUGUGAAUGUGGUUUAAAAGAAGAGGAAGGAAAAGUUCCAGUGAGAGAUGGGUAAAACAAAAAAACACAAAAACGGUGUUGCUUCGGGAUGUAGAAGUGAUAUGUGAAGAUGACUCUUUAUGUAUUGGUGAUCCCCGAUGUCUCCAGUUUGUUUUGUUUUUUUCUCUCCCUCUCCUUCCUGCUAUGGAUUAUAUCAUGAUUACCAGCAAAACUAAAAACCAAUUACUUCUGUUAACUUCCACUCAGCAAAAACAACCACCUAGAGUUUAGUCUGCUGUUUAAAUUCGUCUGUUAUUUUCUACGCUUGCAAUACUUCCUGUUUUGUUUUCCCCCUAUAAAUUAAGUACAUAUGAAAUGAAAGUAAUAAAAGUCAAUUUGAUGGUCAUCCAGGCAGAUUACUGAAGAGGGUUCAUCUCAGCCCCCUGAGGCUCUUUGUUCCUUGCAGUUUAAGCAUUGUUUGUCCUUAUGAGGGAUAAUAGAACUGUCUGCAUGUCAUCUAAUGUUAAUAGUAUUAAAGCUACACUCUACAUAUUGUAUAUUUGCAAAAUAUAUCAGUGUUACUGUUUAUAUUAGUUGAAGUAAAGUAAUGACAUAUUUAAAUAUGUAGACUUUUCUUCAGACCUUUGUACCAAUUGUAGAGUCUAACUGUAAUUUAUAAGUUGUUCCAGAAAAGAUAAGUAGCUGGUGGGAUACUUUCCCCGUGUUAUCGCUCAUUGAAUAUUCUGCAUGAACCAGACUCAAAAACACAUUCACUGGACAAUCACAUGGCUUUGCAUUUGACAGAUUAAUAUUGGCCACACACAAAAGUACUUUAGUGUUGCCCAUCUAUUUAUACAAUUUGGAUGUCCUAGGGAACCCCAUGAAAGGUUUUAAGCUCCCAUACUGUUGCUUGUUUUAAGUUCACAUACACACAAACAUCCUUAUAUGAUUCAUAUGAAUUCCGUAAAAUGAAGGUUAUAUAUUAUUAUUUAUUUCAUUUUCUUGCCAUAUGCAUAUGGAACAUAUAAGUAGAGUGAAUGUGUUAGAAACAUAAGUGCAUGAAUCUCAACGCUCCAUGAAUACCUAAGGAGGUUCAUUCGGGGGGAAUGAGUAUUUUCGGGGGGAAUAAGUAUUUUCGAUAAGAACAUCCUGUAACCAGCAUUACUUCUCAAAACUUCACUGCUUUUUAGAGGAGCUAUCUAAGGUGCAAGAAUCCCUUUUAUAGACCAAGAGUACAGAACCGUUUCUCUUAGAUUGGGAAAAUGACAGCAAUCAUCAUUAGCUUCUAUGUGCAGUUAGAGGAAAUAAAUUUUAUAGCAUGCAGCAGGGGGAAAGUAGUUACCGGAAAGCUUUUCUUCGUUUUUCCGUAUUGAUUAAAAUCCAUACAAAACACUAUUGAACCAUGUGUCUUUCUUCCCAUGAAUAGUAUGGCUAGAUAAAAGCAACAAUUUGAAGUUAAAAGAAAAACUAAAUAACCUUGCAAAAAUAUCUUUUCUGGGACAACGUCAAAUAUGUAUUUGUUUUAAUCCUUUUAAGUUAAGAAUGAAAUGUACAACAAUGUAAAAAAAAAAGUAAUCCUAAUAUAAUGUACGUCUUGUAUUGCUAAAAAGAAGUCUUCAAGCAUAACAUUGUAGAAUGAUUUCCCCAUCAAGCACUGCAUGCAGCAGAAGCCUCUUGUUUCUUGAUUUUAAAAUGAGCUGAAAGACAGUCAGCAGCUAUUUAAACAAUGACUCUCUACAUGUUGACUUGCUGUUCCAUAUAAAGCUGUGUGUUUACUGCAGUUAAGCAUGCAUUUUGCUGUUUCCGUUGUAAAAUAUCAUCACAUCUUGCCUGCAAAAAAUGAGUAAUUGUGUAUAUAGUUAAAGAAAAAACUUGACCAAUAAUAAGAUAAAAUUUUGAGGGAGGGAAAGGAUAGCGAAGCAGGACCAAGUAGGGAGAAUAGCUAAUUCUCUAAAUUGUACAUAGUGUGUAAAUUAGUAUUAAUAUCAGUCUGCAGUUACUUUCAGGUUGCAUACAGUACCUGUCUCCUGCUAGGAACUUUAAUCCCAGCCUUGCGUUGUAUUAAACUGUUGGAAUUAGGUCUUGAAUGCAGACUGUUAAAAGACCUCAAGAAACAUCAUGCUCAUGAAAAGCUUCUGUUAUGGGAGGCUUCAGACCAUUUUGUAACUGUUGGGAAGGAAGGAGUGCUUUCAUUUUAAUAUGCAUUGUUUGUAAGUAGUAUCAGACCUUAUCGUUGUAAAACUAUAACUGUGAUUAUGUGGGAAAUCAAAUAAAUCACUUUGAACUCA